CACUGAACUUCAAGAGUGAUGGAAGACGUCUGACCCAUUCUGAACGUCGUGCCACCUUCAUUUCAAGACUCAAAAGCGAAGGCGAUCUUGCAGAGGGCGUCACUUGCUUGCGCUCACUCAUGAAGGUAGGCAGGCGUUUUAUGGAAGAGCAAGAACCCACAGACCAUCCUUAAUCAAGAGUACUCGCAUUUCCCUGAAGCAUCUAUAAAGUGCGACCACCAAGCGAUCAUGCAACGUCUCCUCUGGUUGCAAUCUCCCUGAGACUCGGGUACUGCAAUUGAGAACCAGGAAUGGCGUGGUUUUACACAAACGAUCCACCACUUCAUCGGGACGCCCUCGAGACGGCCACCCCUCGCGUGGUUUCCUUUCUGGGCGCUGCGACGGAGAUAGUCUGUCUCCUGGGCUGCGAGGAUUGGCUGGUGGGUAGGUCGCACGAAUGCCAGCGGCCAGAGAGUAUCUUGUCUCUGCCAUGCGUGUCGUCAGCGGAGCCCAUAGGAGAUGAUCUGGGCGCCAUAAGCAGCCGGGAGAUUGAUGAGCGGGUGCGGGGGCUGGUGGAGCGGGGCUUGGCGCGAUACAAGAUCGAUGCGGAGAUGCUGCGGGAUCUGCAACCGGACGUAAUCUUGACGCAGGACCAGUGCAGCGUGUGUGCCGUCACCCCCCAAGACCUGGAGUCCGCCUGUUCCCGCUUCUUCCAUGAGGACCAGAAGCCGUGCAAGGUCGUGUCGCUCCGCCCCACCACGAUGUCCGACGUUUGGGAGAACGUCCGGAUCAUCGCCGACGCCCUCAACGUGUCCGAAAAGGGCGAGGCGCUCAUCAAGUCGCUCCGAGCGGAAUGGGACUCGAUCCGGCGGAACACCCCCCAGUACAGCGACGGAAUGCCCCCCCUCAGCGUCGCCUGUCUCCAGUGGACCGACCCCCUGAUCGGCGCCGGUUACUGGGUUCCCGAAAUAGUUUCCUGCGCCGGGGGGGUAAAUCUGCUGGGUGAAAAGGGGGGGGGCAGCCCGAAAGUGACGCUUGAAACCCUGGCGGAAGCCCAGCCAGAGGUUAUCGUGGUUAUGUGCUGCGGGUUAGGCCUUGACCGUGGGGUUAAGGACGUGGAGGCGCUGGAGAAACAGGCGGGCUGGGCGGGGUUAAGGGCGGUUAGGAACGGAAGGGUUUAUGUCGUGAAUGGGGACGAGUAUUUCAACACGAGUUCGGCGGCGGCGGCGGUUGAGAGCGCGAGACUGAUGGCGGAGAUUUUGCACGGCGGCAGGUCGGGUCUCGAAGGCAGCGCCUACGUCAGGCGUCCCGCCAUCUCUCCGCCAACCGACGUCAGCAGUGACGUCAGCGCAGUCCCUCGGCCCGCCGCGCACCCCAGGCGCCCCCCUCCCCUGCCCACGUGGCUCCAGGGUGCGGAGACCAGGUCGCAAUCCAACGGCGGACAUUUUUCGGGGGGGUCAGACUUGCACAGGGAGAAGGGGGGUGCGAACGGGCAUGCGCAUGUAGACAGUCCCCGAGCAGAGAGCCCAGUUUCCACUCCGGGGGGGUCCGGUUUCAGACUGUUUGAGAGUGCGGCUGGCACCCCCCCGUGGGGGGGUUCGCCGAUGGGCUCGAGCCCCGGGGCAGCGAACCCCCCGGAAGAGCGGGAGGAGUUCUGGAUGGGGAAUGAUAGCGACGAGGAAGGCUGGACGGGGAAUCGGGACGUGGUUCUGGGGGGGUUCUCGGAUUCGGACAGUGAGUCCGACGAUGAUUUUGAAAGCCUGGUCGAAUUGCCACUUGCCGAAGCGAAGUGGUCUCUCGAGAGAGGGGGGAGGGAAGGAGAGGCGUUAAGCGAAGGUUCUGGCCUAACCCAGGGUCUGGUUCUCGACAGCGAGCUGGACGCUAUUGCAGAAGGGGUGCGGAGGCGCGAGAGUGAGGAGCGGAGGGGUAACGUCAAUGAGGCGGACGUGACGUCAGGUGAAGUGGGUAGUGCGCGCCAGGCGCAAACGGAGCCGGUUAGCAAACCAGCGGGGAUGGGUUACGGUUCCCGUGCGAAAGCGCAGCCGCUGCCGGUGCCCAAAAGAGGCGAGUUCUCAUUCGAUACCAGCUCGGCGGGUCACCCUAACUACGAUCUUAACCCGCCGCCGGAACCUAGAAGCUGGCAGGAGCCACGUGUCCUCUCGCCCGACUCGUUGAAGUCGUCGCCAACGCGAUGGCCCUCGUCGCACCCCCCCACGUGGCCCGAAACCCCGAGGACACCGCAAACUCCCCCGAGCCUGGACGAGUUCGAAAAGCAGUUUCCAUUUGACUUUGGCCGGGGCCGGAGGCAAACGGAAACGAACUCGACCAGGUUUGCAGACGAAGCGGGUUUUGGUGUCCGUGAAGAGAAGGAGUUUGGGUCGGAGAAGGAGGAACUCGGCAGGGGGAAAGAGUGGCUAAAGGACAGGUCAAACUCACUCAGCGACGAUAGACCGGGGGUGCGCGGAGCAGAAAAAGUGCGCCCCCGGCUUGAAGUCGAAACGACAGGGCUGACCGUUUUCGAGGGGCCCCAUUCCCCGCUGGAGAGCUCCGGUCCACAUGCUGCAGGAAACAGCGGAUCGCCGGAACUAGAGAGCGUCUCGUUAGAGUCUCCCAGAGACCGAGGCGAAAGGGGGGUGGAAACGGCGGGCAACAAGUCCCCCCUGGAGGGAGGCGGUGUCGAGCACUCGGCCUUCAAGCGCAUCCAUCUCGUAGGGCGGCCCCUCUCCCUCGACGUCAGCAAACGGCCCGACGCCGACUCCCAUUCCGGACUCCCCCUACGUCGCGCGCCUCCGCCCCCGAACCGCCCCUCCAAGCCCCCCAACUUUUCCAUGCUGCCAAACCCGUCCGAUCUGCCCGCGCUUAUGGACCUCGGGAGCGUUCCCGCGCUCAAGACCCUGUCGCCCAUUCGCACCGGGCGCCAUUUCACACCGGUGCCGACGUCCCCGCCCUUCGCGCCGGCGGAGCUCCCGAGGGGGCUGCCGGUAUUCCCGGCUCUGGAUCUGUCGCGGGGGGGGGGGCAGUCUUCCCCUUCCCCCCCUAGCAGCCCUUCGCUGUCCCCCCUUUCCUCCCCGCUGGGAAACGGACGGUUACGGGAAAACGGUUACCGCCCCCCAAAAUCGCCUAGCUCGCCGCAAGCUCUGGCCUCGCCUCGGUUCUCCCCUCUUUCUGUGCUGCCCUAUCUCAGCUUGGACGCGUCCCUGGAUCCGUGGUCAAACCCUAAAACGCUUGACCCGGCGGAGUUAGUGGAAGAAACCGGGUUAGAGCCGAUGGAAACCCUGGGGGGAGAGUCGGGGUAUGAUAAUGAUAUCAACAGCUUGGAGGAUAGCAUUCGGAGGAGUAUGGACCGAUGGAUGUGGGGGGAGAUCGGAAUGGAGGGAGUCACGGCGGCCGCUGGGCUGGACAACGUCCAAUCCACUGGCGCCGACUUCCCCUCUGAGGCAGGGCCCGUUUCGGACGCUGACCCUCGCACACCUGGCACCCCUGAGGGCGUCCGUACGGCUUCUGAGGGCGUUCGUACGAGUGCUGAAGGCGGCCGUUCAGUCUCGGACGACGUCCCUGGAGAUGCGGAAGGCGUCCGUACGGCUUCUGUGGCCGUCCGUACUGGUCCGGAGGGCGUCCAAUCGGCUUCUCAGGGCGGUCGUACGUCUGAGGAAAGCGUCCGAACAACUACGAAGGGCGUCCGAACGUCUUUUGAGGGCGUCCGAAUGCGUCCGCUCACGGCCAAAGCGGAGGAGCUGAGAACCGUUUUGGAGGAGGCCGUCGAGGCGGCCCUGCCUGCGGACUGCAUCAUUCUGAGUGGGGGGCUGGACACGUGUGUACUAGCGGAGUUGGCAGCGGCGGGGGUGGGAAACGGAACGGACGGAAACGGAAUGAAUACGGACGGAACGGAUGCGGACGGAAUGGGUGAGGUCAAGGACGGUGGUGGCAGAGUGGACGAAGAGCAGUUAUCUGGUACGGGAAACAAUAUGCCUAUUAACGAGUAUGGAGAACUCAAUGAUGACCCGCUUAAAAGGUUAGACGAGCAUAAGCAAGCAGAGGUCCGCAUACAUAUGCAGCAGCCGAUAAGCAAUAGCACGACCAGGCCCACUUCUAUAAGCGCUCCCCGGGCAGACAGCGUUCUAAUCACAGAUCAGUCGCAGAGCUAUGAUAAACGCCCAGAGCAUAUAGAUACGAGCAGCGCAAACGCCGCCAAUCGUCAAACGACAGGUGAAAUAAGCAGGGAAGGUCAGCAAAAGAGCGCAGAAACUGCGUCGAGAAUAAAGGAAGCGCUUACGGUUCUUACGGGGGAGCAUGCAACGGACCGGCGGUACGCGGAAGAGAUUGCGAAGCGGUGCGGACUGCGCCAUACGGUGAUCGAGACGCGGACGCCCGAGGCGCUCCUGGACCUGGAGCUGGAGUUCGUCGUCCGCACGCUGCGGACGUUCGACCCGAUGGAGGUCCGCAACAGCAUCGCAGUAGCGGCUGCGCUGCGGGAGGCACACAGACGCGGGCACACGAGCGCGAUCACCGGAGACGGGGCCGAUGAGCUGCUGGGGGGGUACUCGUUCACGCACGGCCUCUCCCCCGAAAAGUUCGCCGAGUACCGUACCCAUCUGCGCUCCGUCAUGCGCUUCUCCGCAGUGCCGCUCGGCGCGGCGCUCGGGAUCGAAGUCCGACAGCCGUACCUCUUCCCGAAAUUCGUCGAUCAUGCGCUCGCCAGUCUGGCGCGGGAAGAUCUAGUGGGCCCGGUUCCGGCGGACCUGCUGACGGAGAGCGUCUGGAGCGGAAUUGAGCGGACUUGCCGGGCGGAAGACUUGGGAAGGCUGGGCGGGGAAACCGUGCACGGGAAGUUGGCGUUAAGGGAAGCGUUCCCCGGAGUCUAUGCGGCGUGGCGCAGCAAGGACCCAAUCGAGGUCGGGUGUGGCACCACCGUCCUCCCCGCCCGCUUCAAAGAGGCCCUGUCCGACGCCGAGUUAGCGGCCGCCCAGAAAAAGAUACUCGCACAAGACCAGGAAAGCGGCGGGGGGGGUGAAAAGCGCCGGGGGCCAGGGGGGGGAGAGGAAGAGAAGCAAGGGGGGGGCUUGCAGAGUGGUGAGGGGGUGGCCACGGGGGAGGGAAAAAGUGGCGGGAUUGGGGAGGGGAAUGAGGGGGAAAAGGAGGAAGGGGGAAUGCGGAUUGGAGGGGAGAGUGCGGCAACGGGCGACGAUCAGCCGAGUACAAGUGGGUGGGGACAAGAAAGCUUGGGAAAUGAGGGGGGUGCCAGCGGCAUGGUCGAAAGGAAAACUCCGAACGAGGGGAAGGAGACGGUAGGGGCGAGUGGGCAGCAGGUACUUGCUACUGCCGUUUCGGUCCUUGGGGAAGAGAAAGGGAACAGCGCUUUGGAGAGGGGGGCAGUGUUCGGUGGGCGGAACGAAAGCCCAAGGUUGCUAGCAACUGUUUCAGGGACGUCGUCGUCUGCGGACUCGAACGAAGAUUAUGCGUCGGCUGAUGAGUGCUUCGACGAGUCGGACAUUUGAGGAGUCGCAGGUGGAGAAAGUGGGUAUGUGAAUUUGUCAAUCUACUGUGGAACCGGCCCGUUAUUAGUCUCUUUGAUGUGUCGACUCCGGUUGGUGGUUCGUGUCCCUGAUCCCUCUCAGAUCGCGAGUCUUCCGAUUGAUCUCAUAGCCUUCCGUCUUAUUAGAGCCGGAACACGGAUAUGUGCACGUAUUAGGGGUGCUGAAUACAGGUUAGAAAGCUCGAUUGAACGUUGCAUUCUUGACCGCCUAGCAUCCACGGUUCACCUGAUUAUCGCACGGCAUGCCACCGUGUGCUUCAACAUCGUCCAAGUCGUUUCUUGAGUUUAACAAAAUGUAAGAUACCAG